CUUUACAAUUUCCGCUAAAUGGCAUCAAGAUGGCGGCGCCCUCAACGAGGACGCUAGCGGCGUUGCAGCGAGCGACAUGGAAGGUAUCCCAAACUUCAGCGGGCGUGCCGCGGCACCCCGUGCCGCUUUUAGUGCCCGUGCGGACCAAGAAGCGCUUUUAUAUCCCACCGCCCGUGGGCGUGAAGGGCAAGAAGGAUGUCAACCCCGAAGCCAAGGCCAGAGCGGCUGGUGUUGUGUUCCGGCAGGAGUACAUGGAGAGGCCCAUCAAUAUCUCCUGCACCGCGGGAAUCUUUGACCCCUACGUUCCUCCCGAAGGCGAUGCUCGUCUCUCCUCUCUGUCCAAAGAAGGCUUGAAGCAGCGCACGGAGCAACUGCGGCAGAGCGCCUCCUCACAGUUGGCAAUUCGUAAGAUCAAAGAGUUCGACUCCGGGUUCUCCUCCAAGGAUUUUGCCGAACGAGCCCUGGAAAUCUUCACGGAGGCUCACAACGUGCUGUGCAACUUCAACAGAGAGAAGCUUCACUCGCUGGUGACGGAGCGCUGUUACCCGCUCUCCUCAUGGCAGGAAAUGACUCGGGGCAACCGCUACAAGACCCUGCGCUGGCGCUUGGUGGAGUCGCUGGAGCCGCCCCGCGUGGUUCACGCCCGCUGCCCCGACAUGGUUUCUAAGGGCAACCUCUACGGCCAGGUGACGGUCCGCAUGCACUCUCGACAGAUUCUGGCCAUCUACGACCGCUUCGGCCGCUUGAUGCUGGGCGACGAAGCUCAGCCCAAAGACGUGUUGGAAUAUUUGGUCAUGGAGCGGCACCUGGUCAACCCAUACGGACGCUGGCGACUUCACGGGAAGAUUGUGCCGUCCUGGGCCCCCGCCAAGGCCCCCGUCAUUAAAACCGUGAUGAUCCCCGGUCCAGACCUAAAGCCCGAAGAAGAAUUCGAUGCCCUCAACUACAAAGUUCCCAAAGCAGAGGCAGUGCAGUGGUCCAAAUGAGCCUCCAGGUAGUGCUGCAUUCAAAGUCCACGAUUGGAGCACUUUUUGGUUGCUUAAAUUUUGCCUAUUCUCACACUCUUGGUUCCUCUUUUUGUCUUUAUUUUAAAUCACUCAAACAAAAAAAGCAAAUAAAAAUGGACAUUCACAAA